AUGCACGUCUCUCCACUCCUCCUCCUCCAAUCCCUCCUCCACCCUCUCUCCGGCUCUCUCCUCGGGUCUCCGCCUUCGACCGGCCCCCAUCCAGCCAGAGGAGCAACUGCAAGUCCAUCGUGCCGGCUCAAGGGUUGCCCACAAAUUGAGGACGACGAGCAAGAAUACUGUGACACGUGUAUGGAGCAGUACAUUGCUGCUGCUGAAAUCGCUGCGAGACGAAAUGCUGAGAGAUUGGCUUCCUCUGCUGUGGAAUAUUACCAAAAGGCCAAUCAUUUCUUCCUGAACCGCCUUCGCGGAGGAAAGAGGAAGGCCAAGGAAGAAUCUGAGGAUGAGGAUGAGGAAGAAGAAGAAGAAGAAGAAGAAGAGGAGGAGGAUGAAUCCGACGAGGUUGAAGACUCUGAAGACGAAGACGAAGACGAAGACGAGGAUGAAGAUGAGGACGAAGACGAAGAUGAAGAAGAGGAGGAUUCUUCUGAAGCUCCCAAGCGCAAGGGGAAAAGCAAGACCACAAUCAAAGAGAUCAAGGAAGACAAAGGUGGCCGCAAGGGCUCUGGCAAGAAGAAGCAUGAAGAAGAGGAAGAGGACGAGGACGAGGACGAGGACGAGGACGAUGAUGAGGAAAUGAAGAAGUCCAGCAAAAAGCAUUCAAAACAUGGAAAAAAUCAGAAGAAGCAAUCACACGGAAAGUCGAAGCGUAAGGAUUCGUCUGAAGAUGACUCUGAAGAUGAUGACUCUGACGAGGAUGAUAGCUAA